CCACCUCGUCACGUGACGCUCGCCUCUUGUGUGGAACGUUAUCUCCACUCGAGCACGUCUCCGGCACCUCUCACUGAAGAGGACGGGUUCUUGUUUGCGUCACCGAGACGUGCACGCGCCGCGGUUGCUGGCAGCGGUGAGACACGAGGGCAGGAGGCGUGACUCCGGCCGGUCAUAUGAGCGUCAUCAGCGGCUGCUGGGGCUCCGGAGCCAGCCGGGAUGAGAGGACGACGCGGAGCCGAGAGGAGCUGGUGACCAGUGACGCUUUCGGAGCGGCGGGACAAGAUGUCACUCAUGAGCACCAAGUCCACCCUGCUGAAGGUCAUCCUGCUGGGUGACGGCGGCGUCGGCAAGUCCUCGCUCAUGAACCGCUACGUCACCAACAAGUUCGACUCGCGCCUCUUCCACACCAUCGGCGUGGAGUUCCUCAACAGGGAGCUGGAGGUGGACGGCCGCAGCGUCACGCUGCAGAUCUGGGACACGGCGGGUCAGGAGCGCUUCCGCAGCCUGCGCACGCCCUUCUACCGUGGCUCCGACUGCUGCCUGCUCACCUUCAGCGUGGACGACGGCCAGAGCUUCCUGAACCUGGCCAACUGGAAGAAGGAGUUCACCUACUACGCCGACGUCAAGGAGCCCGACAGCUUCCCCUUCGUGGUGCUGGGGAACAAACUGGACGUCUCGGAGCGGCAGGUGUCGGGUGAAGAUGCGCGACAGUGGUGUCAGGAAAACGGUGGAAUCCCCUACUUUGAGACCAGCGCCAAGGACGCUACCAACGUGGCCUCGGCUUUCGAGGAGGCGGUGCGGCGGAUUCUGCUGACGGACGACAAAGCCGACCACCUCAUCCACUCCAACACCGUGGACCUGCAGAGGAGGAGUCCGUCUGACCCCAGCUGCUGUUGAAGCACACGCGCCCCCGGAGCCAAAACCCACAGCACUCAGACAGAAGAGCCCACUCAGGUAGCGACGAGCUGGCGAUGCUCGGUGAGAGAAUGCACUGGGUAGGUGGCGCUCUUGGGUUAAAAAUGAUGCGCGGGUCCAUUGAAACGCUUGUUCAAAUACAAAGGUUGAAGGGCAGCGCCUGACAUCUAGUGGGCUCAGAAAACGAGGACACUCUUUCACGGGACUUCUGGUGACGCUCGUGAGCUGCCAUUGUUGGCCCUCAGUGUGAGGACACAAAGACCACACAGAGGCAAAGAAGAAGCGAAGACUCAAGUGCGAGCACCACCUGGACUGACAGCGCAGCUGGUUAAAUGUCACCCACAUCUGAUGGAGAGAAGUGAAUCUACUGCUGAGAAGAACUGCUGCUCGCUCUGCUUUAAAAUGGUGACAUUUCUGUUGAAAACCAUCCACGCAUGAAGAGAAUGAUGAAGUGAUGCCUUCUAUCUUGCUUCGCUCUCAAUCUAUUUCAGAAAUGACACUGAUUUAUUGCAAUAAAUGCAGC